AGUCUCCUUCAAUCUACACUUUGAAAAUUCAAAAUUUGGAGAGAGAAGUGAAAUGGAAAUUUGGUUCUUCGUUCUCGUUACCCUCUGUGUCGCCACUCUUCUCAAGUCAAUAUUCAAUUUCUUCACCUCUUCUUCCUCCGAUGUCUCAAAGAAGAAGAAGAAGCCACUUCCGCCUGGUCCAACCGCUGUUCCGAUCAUCGGAAGAUUCACGUGGCUCGGUAUGUCCUUAACCAAGAUGGAGCCUUACCUUAAAUCUCUCAAACUCAAAUACGGCCCCAUAAUCACCCUUCAUAUCACUUCCCGCCCGUCCAUCUUUAUCGCAAGCCACUCCCUUGCCCAUAAAGCCCUAGUCGAGAAGGGGGCCGUCUUCUCCGAUCGACCAGGCAUCGCCCCAAUAUCCAGGAUCACUAGCAGCAAUCGAAGAAGCAUUAACACCGCGUCCUACGGCCAGACAUGGCGACUUCUCCGCCGGAAUAUGGCUUCCGAGAUGUUCCACCCCUCCCGAAUCAAGUCCUUUUCAACCGCCAGGAAAUGGGUCCUCGAAAUCCUCCUGGACCGCUUCCGAGAACGCUCCUCCCACGGCGCGGCGGUGCCGGUGUUGGAAGAUUUCCGGUACGCGAUGUUUUGCCUAUUGGUGCUUAUGUGCUUCGGUGACAAAUUGGGAGAAGACCAAAUCAAGAAAAUCGAGAAAGUUGAGAGGGCAAUGAUUGUGGAUUUCACUAGAUUCGGCAUACUCAAUUUGUGGCCUCGAAUUGGUAAAAUAGUUUUCAGGAAACGAUGGGAAGAGCUAAUUCGUCUCCGGCAGAACCAGGAAGACGUCCUGAUUCCGCUCAUCAGAGCCCGAAGAGAGAAACUCAUGAGAGAAGGAAAUACUGACGCCGCCGCCACGGUUGCAUACGUUGACACGCUAUUUGAUCUGGAAUGGCCGGAGGAGAAGAGGAAACUGACCGAUUCGGAAAUUGUGACUCUCUGCAAUGAAUUUCUCAACGCCGGAACUGAUACAACCUCAACCGCCCUGCAAUGGAUCAUGGCGAAUCUGGUAAAGUACCCUGUAAUCCAAACCAAACUGUACCAAGAAAUCUCCAGCAAUUCGGAGAAAGAAAGAGAAAUAAGGGAGGAAGAUCUCCGGGGAAUGAAUUAUCUGAAGGCGGUUGUGUUGGAAGGGCUCCGGCUACACCCGCCGGGGCACUUUAUUCUUCCUCACAAAGUUACCGAAGACGUGGAGCUGGAGGGAUAUUUGGUGCCGAAAGAAGGGACUGUGAAUGUCCUGGUGGCGGAAUUGGGGAGGGACCCGACGGUUUGGGUGGAGGCGCUUGAGUUCAAGCCAGAGAGGUUCAUUGAGGAAUCAGGAGAGUUGAUUGAUGUGGAUAUUACGGGGAGCAGAGAGAUAAAGAUGAUGCCUUUCGGGGCAGGAAGGAGGAUCUGCCCUGGAAUGAAUCUGGCUCUCAUACACUUGGAAUACUUCGUGGCGAAUUUGAUUAAGAAUUUCGAGUGGGAAGCUGCUGAUGAGAAAGAUAUUGAUAUGUCGGAGAAACAAGAGUUUACCACUGUCAUGAACACGCCAUUGCAGGCUAAGCUCACACCUCGUGCUUCUUAGUAAGAGGAGGAGGUGUGAAGUUCAAUUUGUUCCUUUUGUUUUCUUCUGGAUAAUGCAAUGUGCAAUUUUCUCACAGAUUCUAUUUUUUUUUAAUGUAAGAAUUUAAGAUAAUCCAUCAUUGUGUCAUUCAAUUGGUCA